AUGUCAGUAUUGACGCGAUUGAUCUUCAUGAUAUUAAUAUCCAACCCUCAGUCACAUUUUUCUGGCACACCUCCCGAGUUAGAGAAGACCGAUGACUCAUUUAAGCGAGUGUUCAAAGGCUAUAAGGAAAUUCACGUGCCGAAAUCGUUCGCGGCCGAUGAGAAAGAAUUACUGAUCUCUGAUAUACCUGAAUGGGCCCAGGCUGCGUUUAAAGGUGCUGAAAACUCAACAGAGCAUAUAUCCUGCUGCGUUCACGACGGAUGA